GGAGUCCCGGCCAAACCUUCCCUGGCGUAUAAGCCCCUUCUCGGCGCUCUCUCUCCAUCUCUCUCCUCUCUUUCUCUCUCGCUCCCUUCCUCCCUGUAACUGAACAGUGAAAAUUCACAUUGUGGAUCCGCUAACAGGCACAGAUGUCAUGUGAAAACGCACAUGCUCUGCCAUCCACACCGCCUUUCUUCCUUUUCUUUCUCUCUUUUUUUUUUCGUGCUCCUUCUCCCUCUUCUUUGUAACUAACAAAACCACUACCAACUCCUCCUGCUGCUGCCCUUCCUCCUCCUCCUCCGUCCAAGUGAUCACAAAAGAAAUCUUCUGAGCCGGAGGCGGUGGCAUUUUUUUUUUUUUAAAGCAAGCACAUUGGAGAGAAAGAAAAGAGAAAAACAAAAGCAAAACAAAACCCAGGCACCAGCCAGCCAGCACAUUUUUUUUCCACCCUUCCUGAAAACAAACAAACAACCAUCAAAACAAUCACCACCACCACCCUCAAAACUGUUAACCUAGCGGCGGCGGCGACAGCAAACGUCACCCUCCGGCCACGGCGUCCGCCUGAAGGGAUGGUUUUAUCGGUUGAGCAGCUCUUUGCCGACCACCUUCUUCAGUGGUGCUGAGCGGGAUUUUUGGGCUCUCCGGGGUUCGGGCUGGGAGCAGCUUCAUGACUACGCGGAGCGGGAGAGCGGCCACACCAUGCGAGCACAAAUUGAAGUGAUACCAUGCAAAAUUUGUGGCGAUAAGUCGUCCGGGAUCCACUACGGAGUCAUCACAUGCGAAGGCUGCAAGGGAUUCUUUAGAAGGAGCCAGCAGAACAAUGCCUCUUACUCCUGCCCAAGGCAGAGGAACUGUUUGAUUGACAGAACCAACAGAAACCGUUGCCAACAUUGCCGCCUGCAGAAGUGUCUUGCCCUAGGAAUGUCCAGAGAUGCUGUGAAGUUCGGGCGGAUGUCCAAGAAGCAGAGGGACAGCCUAUACGCGGAGGUGCAGAAGCACCAGCAGAGGCUGCAGGAGCAGCGACAGCAGCAGGGCGGGGAGGCCGAGGCACUCGCCAGGGUGUACAGCGCCGGCGUCAGCAACGGCCUCGGCGGCCUGAGCGGCGACGCCGGCGGCACCUACGCCAACGGGCACGUCAUCGACCUGCCCAAGUCCGAGGGUUUCUACAGCGUGGACUCCGGCCAGCCGUCCCCGGAUCAGUCCGGGCUGGACAUGACUGGAAUCAAACAGAUAAAGCAAGAGCCUAUCUACGACCUCACAUCCGUCCCCAACUUGUUUACCUAUAGCUCUUUCAACAACGGGCAGUUAGCGCCAGGGAUAACAAUGACUGAAAUUGAUCGAAUUGCACAGAACAUCAUUAAGUCCCAUUUGGAGACAUGUCAGUACACCAUGGAGGAGCUACACCAGUUGGCGUGGCAGACACACACCUAUGAAGAAAUUAAAGUGUAUCAAAGCAAGUCCAGGGAAGCACUAUGGCAGCAAUGUGCCAUCCAGAUCACUCAUGCCAUCCAGUAUGUGGUGGAGUUUGCAAAGCGGAUAACAGGCUUCAUGGAACUCUGUCAAAAUGAUCAAAUUCUACUUCUGAAGUCAGGUUGCUUGGAAGUGGUUUUGGUGAGAAUGUGCCGUGCCUUCAAUCCAUUAAACAACACUGUUCUGUUUGAAGGAAAAUAUGGAGGAAUGCAAAUGUUCAAGGCCUUAGGUUCUGAUGACCUAGUGAAUGAAGCAUUUGACUUUGCAAAGAAUUUGUGUUCCUUGCAGCUGACUGAAGAGGAGAUUGCUUUGUUCUCAUCUGCUGUUCUCAUAUCUCCAGACCGAGCCUGGCUGAUAGAACCAAGGAAGGUCCAGAAGCUUCAGGAAAAAAUUUACUUUGCACUUCAACAUGUGAUUCAGAAGAAUCACCUCGAUGAUGAGACCUUGGCAAAGUUAAUAGCCAAGAUACCAACCAUCACGGCAGUUUGUAACUUGCACGGCGAGAAGCUACAGGUAUUUAAGCAAUCACAUCCAGACAUAGUGAAUACACUCUUUCCUCCAUUAUACAAGGAGCUCUUUAAUCCUGACUGUACCACUGUCUGCAAGUGAACACGACGACAGAACUCUCUCAUAGUCAUGGAAUGCGUCACCCUUAAGACAAAAGCAAUGUGUUCAUGAAGACUUAAGAAAAAUGUCACUACUGCAACAUUAGGAAUGUCCUGCACUUAAUAGAAUUAUUUUUCACCGCUACAGUUUGAAGAAUGUAAAUAUGCACCUGAGUGGGGCUCUUUUAUUUGUUUGUUUUUUGAGAUGACCAUAAAUAUACAAAUAAUAGGACACUGGGUGUUAUCUUUUUUUUUUUUAUUUUAUUCGGGUAUGUUUUGGAGACAACUGUUUAUAGAAUUUUAUUGUAGAUAAUACAAGAACAGAGCAGUACUUUACAUGAUUACUUUUCCUGUUGAUUGUUCAAAUAUAAUUUAAGAAAUUCAACUGAAUAGGCUUACCUAUUUCUAUGUUUCUAGAUAGUUGAUGCAUGUGUAAAUUUGUAGCUGUCUUGGAAAGCACUGUGCAUGUGUGUAAUAAGUAUAUAAUAUCUGAGAAUAUUAUAUAUUACUAUUACUUAUAAACAUACAUGCACUGUGGCUUAAAAUACCGUACUAGUAAAGGAGGUUCAGUCGGGCUCUCUUAUAUUAUUUACCUUCUGUGUUAUGCGUUACCUUUAUGUUAGACGAUCAGGAUUUUGUUUUUCCAGCCAGAGUUUUCAUCUGUAGUCGAUGGCAGGAUGGCACCAAUUCAGAAGUAGGUCUAUAAAGGAACAAAUAUAAUGCCAGCCUCUGUAAAAAAAA